GUUUCCCAGGACUUCCCAUUUCUUCACCCCAGUGAGACUAGCGUCCUGAAUCGGCUCUGCCGGCUUGGCACAGACUACAUGCGAUUCACUGAGUUCAUUGAACAGUACACGGGCCAUGUGCAGCAACAGGUGGGAUGCUGUUCUCUGGAUAUAUGCUUGUACAGGACGAAAGUGUUCUCAGGCUCUCAAGUGAAUUCACUCGUAAAGGUUUCUUUGUGGAACAGCCAUGGCUGUCAUGGAAUUUGCUUCGUAGACCAGCCUAGCCUCAAACUCACAGAGAUGCCUGCCUUUGUCUCCCAAGCACUGCAAUUAAAGGAUCACCAUCCAUCCCAGCAGGGCCAAGGUGGGCUACAUGGUAUCUACCUGAGGGCCUUCUGCACAGGGCUGGAUUCAGUUUUGCAGCCUUAUCGCCAAGCACUGCUUGACCUGGAACAAGAGUUCCUGGCUGACACACAUCUCUCCAUAUCACAUGUCAAUUACUCCUUAGAUCAGUUCCAGCUCCUUUUUCCCUCAGUGAUGGUUGUAGUGGAACAAAUUAAAAGCCAAAAGAUUCAUGGCUGUCAAAUCCUGGAAACAGUUUACAAACAUAGCUGUGGGGGGUUGCCUCCAGUUCGAAGUGCAUUGGAAAAAAUCCUAGCUGUGUGCCAUGGAGUCAUGUAUAAACAGCUCUCAGCCUGGAUGCUACAUGGACUCCUCUUGGACCAGCAUGAAGAGUUUUUUAUAAAACAGGGUCCAUCUUCUGGUAAUAUCAAUGCCCAGGCUGAAGAGGAUGAAGAGGAUCUGGGUAUUGGAGGACUGACAGGAAAACAGCUGAGAGAACUGCAGGACCUGCGCCUAAUUGAGGAAGAGAACAUGCUGGCCCCAUCUCUGAAGCAGUUUUCCCUUCGGGUAGAGAUUUUACCAUCCUACAUUCCAGUGAGGGUUGCUGAAAAAAUCCUGUUUGUUGGAGAAUCUGUUCAGAUGUUUGAGAAUCAAAAUGUGAACCUGACGAGAAAAGGGUCCAUCUUGAAAAACCAGGAGGACACUUUUGCUGCAGAGCUGCAUCGGCUCAAGCAGCAGCCGCUCUUCAGCCUCGUGGAUUUUGAGCAGGUGGUGGAUCGAAUUCGUAGCACUGUAGCUGAGCACCUCUGGAAGCUAAUGGUAGAGGAAUCAGACUUACUGGGUCAGCUGAAGAUCAUUAAAGACUUUUACCUUCUGGGACGAGGAGAACUGUUCCAGGCCUUCAUUGACACAGCUCAACACAUGUUAAAAACACCACCCACUGCAGUAACAGAGCAUGAUGUGAAUGUGGCCUUUCAACAGUCCGCACACAAGGUGCUGCUAGAUGAUGACAACCUUCUCCCUCUGUUGCACUUGACAAUUGAGUAUCAUGGAAAGGACCACAAAGCAGAUGCCACCCAGCCAAGAGAAGGGCCUUCUCGGGAAACGUCCCCCCGGGAAGCCCCUGCUUCCGGGUGGGCUGCUCUAGGUCUCUCCUACAAAGUACAGUGGCCACUGCAUAUUCUCUUCACCCCAGCUGUCUUGGAAAAGUACAAUGUUGUUUUCAAGUACUUACUGAGUGUACGCCGUGUCCAAGCUGAACUGCAGCACUGCUGGGCCCUCCAGAUGCAGCGCAAGCACCUCAAAUCUAACCAGACAGAUGCAGUCAAGUGGCGCCUAAGAAAUCACAUGGCCUUCUUAGUAGAUAAUCUUCAGUACUAUCUCCAGGUAGAUGUGCUGGAGUCUCAGUUCUCACAGCUUCUUCAUCAGAUCAAUUCUACGAGGGACUUUGAAAGCAUCCGAUUAGCCCACGAUCACUUCCUAAGCAAUUUGCUGGCCCAGUCCUUUAUUUUGCUGAAACCUGUGUUUCACUGCCUGAAUGAAAUCCUAGAUCUCUGUCACAGUUUUUGUUCACUGGUCAGUCAGAACCUGGGUCCACUGGAUGAGCGAGGAGCUGCCCAGCUGAGCAUUCUCGUGAAGAAAUUUAAGCAAGGCUUUUCCAAAGACUCCAAGCGCCUAGCACUCUGCAUGGUAGUGACAGCUCAGCUCUCUCAACAGGGCUUUAGUCGCCAGUCUUCACUCCUGUUCAAGAUUCUUUCCAGUGUUCGAAAUCACCAGAUCAACUCAGAUUUGGCUCAGUUACUGCUCCGGCUAGAUUAUAACAAGUAUUAUACCCAGGCUGGUGGAACUCUGGGCAGUUUUGGGAUGUGAAAACUGGUUCAUAAAAUGAAGUAACAGGCCAUCCUGCCACCUUCUGAUGUCUGUAACACAUCUCCCCAGUUAUUAAACAUCAGAGAUGCCUGCAAACUGGUGAAAGGAUGCUACCUUCUCUUCUAGAAGAGGUAUUAACCCUACAAUUCCUGUGGGGAACAGGCCAGCUAUGUCUCUGCUGACCACCCAAAGGCUUUCAUCCUUUACACUAAGACAUCUGUUGGGUGGGUUUAUUUGUACAGCAGUGGUGUACUGAGCAUUUAUUAUGUCCCUAUGGACUCAUCAAGGUAUAGAAGAUACCGCAGAAAACAAUGGGGAUCAAUAAAUCAUGUUUAGGUUUGGUUCAUAUUUAAGAAAGGAAUCAUACAUCUAGAUGUUACCACCAAAUUGGAAAUGACUUAAGAUAGGCCAUGGGCUUUCCCUCCUCUGUAGCAUGAAUUUAUUAUUAUUAUCCUUCAGAAAUUUAAGAUUUGAGAGCCUCCCUCCUUUAAGGCUACUUAAAACCUGAUCUCAAGAAUUCAACCAGUUGCUACUCAUUCUUUCAGACUGGUAAAAGGGACAGUUCUAGCUAAAGGUGAUAGAGGUCAAAUUGUACAUAUUUUAGAUACUGAAAAUUGCAAACUUAAUUUCCCCACCUUAGACAAACCAUGAGUUAAGGUUAUGCUCAGGUAGUGCAGUCACAAAUGUUCCUAUCAGCAUAAACAAAGGAAAUAUUCCAUUAACUUCCCUACCUCCAAGCUGUACAAGAAUGCAGUGUUUGUAGUCACUGAAUGUUCUCUUCAUCUACAUUUUCUACCACCCACUAUGAAAGCCUGUACUUGUCAACUACAGAGGAUCCCUUCUGUUGGUAACACAUCCCUAUUGUUAACUCUAGGAGCAAAGCAUGGCAGAUAGUGGCUACUGCUUGUUUUUGUAAAUAAAGUAUUAUUCAAACAGCCACACAUACUCAUUUA